UGUAAAAAUGCAGGGGGUAGAAAACAGAGUUUCUCCAAAAUGAAUCCACGUAUUCUUGAAAAGAAGAAAUCUCGAAAAGGAUAAACUCUCCACUGUUUAUUGAUUCAUGAUAGUUACACUGUAUAAGAACAUUAAGAAAGGAUCCAACAUAUAUACGUGUAUGUAUAUAAGAGGAGGAAAAAUAAUACCUUAACCAAAAGAAGUCAUGGAUGUUGCGGACUCGGAUUUACUCAGUAACAAAGAAUUCGAUGAUGAAGACUCUGAAUUUGAGACUGAUUUGGAGAGAUAUUUUGUAUUCUCCACUGCCAAGAACAGAUUCUUUGGCAGGAAAAUACCUCUUCGUGUUACCCUAGGCUCUGGACUGAUUGCUGAUAUUAUACUCUGGAGGAACAAGAAGAUCUCAUUAAGCGUUCUUGUUGGUGUAACUUUCAUAUGGUUGUUUUUCAAGAGGAUGGAUUACACCGUGAUUAGUUUCAUUUGUGACUCUCUCAUACUUCUGGUGGCAAUGUUAUUCCUACGGAGCCUUUUAACAUCCUUCAUUCGCAUAUUACCACCACUUGAAUUAUCAUCAUUCCUCUUACCCAAAGGAUUGCUUGUCAGUACAGCUAUUUCGGUGACACGUAUACUUAAUAAUCUACUCAUGACAUUUGGGGUCAUAGCUUCCGGACAAGAUUUGAAGAAAUUUCUCUUGGUCACAGGGACAUUAGGAGCUAUCUCAUUUCUUGACUAUCGGUACCCUGCUGCAACUCUAAUCUACAUAGCAUCCGUGAUAUUGCUGAUAGUUCCAGUGGUAUAUGAAAAGCAUGGGGAUAUUAUUGACAUCCUUGCUGAGAGGGUCCUGUUUGAGUUUAAUAAUCUAUAUGAAAAUUUGAUGAUGAAGAUUUUCGGGAAAUCGCAAAACUCACAAGAGUACAUUGAGGAUUAGAAGUAAUGAAAUUCCUUUUCAUGCCAUGGCAUCGA